AUGCCAAAGGAACUCGCCAAACCAAAACAGACCAGGAAACGAAUCCCCAGGACGUGUGCACAGGUGAGUUACCAGGCGAAGGACCCUUAUUACAUCAUCGUCGAACUGUUCACUGACAUCCUUCAUACCACCCUUAUCUCGAUCGCCCCAGUGAAACGGAAACAAAAGUGUGACUCGUUGAAGCCAUGUGCGGUGUGUAAACUCAGAGGCGAAGCGGAUCUAUGCGACUAUUCUGGGGCACAGCCCACUCGAGUGUUGGACGAAGAAGACGAAAUCAGUAAUCAGGUCUCUUCCGAAGAACUGAAGGUCCUCCGCCAACAGGUCGACGACUUGGAACAUGCUGUCACCCUCGUCGUCAACCGUCCACUUGGCGAGGCCAGCCCCACCCUGGGCCAUAACGAUGUCACUCAUCGAUUAGCAAUCGAUAUGGAUGAAUUGAAUCUCACCAAUAUCUUGUCAAGCUUCUUGGUGUGCAGGAUGGUCUCAUCUGAGUUUAUUCAAGAAUUCCCAAUCAUUCAGAAGGUUCGCCAUCAGUGUCGAUUGGACCAAAAUUUACCGCCAGUUCCGAACACGACCAUCUAUGCAUCUAGUGGUCUAUCGACCUACUUCAGCAACCAACUCAACAAGAGUCAUUACACCGAACUACGCAAUCUAUUGCCCACCCAACAACAAUCGAGCGUCUUUCUAGCGACAUACAUGAAAGAGUUUGGAUGGUUUCACUCCUGCUUCAAUGCUGAAACUUACACUGCCGCCCUCGACAACUUGUACACCUCUUCUCCUACGGGCUCCGAAUUCGAUAAGGACCCCCAGGCCAGAUUCAUCACCAUCGCUACCUGUUUCGCAAUCGCUCGCUCAGCUAUCAUCAAGCUGUCGUCGCAAUCGUUGAUCGAACUUAACUUGCCCUGUGAGCCUUCCGCUCGGCUCGAGCAGUCUAGAAUGUGGCUUAACAUGAGUGUGGCUUGUUUGAAAUGCGCUGAUUUCGAAGUCAAUCCGUUGCUGGAGUCGAUUAAUUGUUUGAUCAUCCUGUUGGAGGUCGUAUGGUUCGAUGAGAUUGUGGGAGGAAUAGAAGACCUGUCGACCCUAUUUGACCUGAAAUGCAAAGCGGUCCAUCUAGCGUUUGACCUAUCCUUACACCGAGACCCAUCGCACCGGGAUCCGACGGGGAUGGUGCAUGUGAAUCCGGCGAUUGCAAGAGAGCGCCGGAUGGCCUGGUGGGCUCUAUUAUCGAUUGAUGGCCUGUACAGCGGCCUGACCGGUCGAAUGUCAUCAAUCAUCGGACUCGAGGCCGUCGACGUCUUCUUGCCCGCACUCAGUACCACCUCGUAUCCUGAAGAACCGCAUGAUGGAUGCGAGCAAGGUUGCACUACUUCGACCCCUGCUACAGCCAUCAAGCCUCGCCUGCUACUCGGCUACGUCGGCCAUGAGAUCGCUCGAUUGCCCCAUCAAAGAACCCCAUUACCGACGAUCAAUGAUAUCCAUCAAGCGCAUCGCGAUCUGGUCUCCUUAGAAGUCCAUCUGUCUGAUUCUUAUAAACUGCACAUCAUCAAUGGCCAUUGUAUUGACCGCACCCGGCUCCCGCCAUGUUCGAACGCCAGAAGAGAUGCAAUCUAUUUCUAUAUGAGAUACCAUUAUCUGUUUGUCAAGCUCCACAGCCCCUUGCAUUUCAUUCGAAAAGGCGAAGACAUCCCCGGAAUUGAAACUAAACAUCCCUACCAUCGCUCCGCUGUGGUUGAUCAUGCUUUGUUGCUUUUGGAUUUAAGGGUUCUUGGAAAUUUUAGUCCUGAUUAUAUUUACGGAAAUAGUAUGGUUAUAGAAGCCUCGUUUUCGCUCGCCUUAGAUUAUCUGUAUGAUCCGAAGAGUGAGGUCGCCAAUGUGAUCAAAGUCGAAUUGCAAAACUAUUGUAAAUUUCUGCAGAGUAGUAAGGUGUGGCUGAUCAAACGAGGCCUCAAUAUCCUGCAAUGUUUGAUGGCGACUUGGGGGUCUCCUCCGCCCAAGGGAACAGUCAGUUGGUUCUCGGUCAACAAGCCUACUCUUUCGCCUUGUAGUUGGAUUCAGGGACCUUACCAUCAGCCGCUUGAGAUCACAAAUUUCUCAGGGACGGGCGAGACACAAAGCCGACUGGAAAAGCUAACUCAAGCAGAGCCGUCUAUGCAAGUCUUCGAUUCACCAGAUCAUGUGGCCAAUGGCCAACAGGCUCUGGCCGGUCCCCCUUGGCCUCUACCUGGGACGUUGAUCGGCCCCCAUUCGCCGUCCGGCCCGCUUCCUGCCCAGUCCGUCUCCUCGACCCAUUACCAACAGUCCCAGCAACACCAGCCUCAUCCGCAAUUGCCGGAAUAUAAUCACUCCGGGAUCUCGAGUGAGAACUCGAACGAGUUCUCCCAGUUCACUCACCAGCCCGGCCCUCCUCGCUCCCAGACUAUCGUCCAUCCUGACCCUUUCCAUCAAUUCUCGAUUCUCCCUACAGCUUCCACUCGUGGCCACCCAGAUGGUCAGUAUGAGCACAAGAACAACAACAAUCAGGAUCCAAACAAUCGCCCCAAUACCUCAGCCGAAAACGGCAUGAAUCUUGACGACUUCCUUAGUGGGGUGAAUGGACCACCGCAUCCUGGCUCAGCCUCGGGUGGACCGCCUCGGUUCGAGAACGGCCAUCAUCAUCAGCUCCCUGCCACUCAUCAUCAUCAUCAUCAUCAUCAUCAGUCAGAGCUUGCGUCGAAUCUCCAGCCUAAUGGCCCCCCUACCCAGCAUCAUCAUCUUCAUGGCCAUCAUCAUCAACUCGACCCUCAUCAUCUUCAUCAGCAUCAUCAUUAUCAGCAGCAGCAGCAGCUCCAGCAUCAUCAGAUUGAUCAGUUCUCUCAUCCGGCUCUGCCGACCCAUCAUCUUCAUCAGCAGCAGCAGCAACAACAACAGCAGCAGCAACAACAACAACAACAGCAGCAACAACAACAACAUCAGCAGCAACAACAACAACAACAGCAGCAGCAGCAGCAGCAACAGCAUCAAUACUCCCCAACUCAUGCUAAAUGGUGA